GCAGCGGUGAGAGUAUCCGCUGGUAACAGCGUUCGCCCGUGUCGGGCAGUGAAGUGACGUGUUUGGCUGGCCAGGCGUCGAUCAUCGUUUGGGGGUAAGCGGGCAUCGGUCGCCCUUGCCUGAACGGUGCUUCCUCUCUUCGAGUGACUCGUCGAGACAGGAAGCAGUCUUUUAAAGAGAGCAGUCAUGGAUAAGGAGCCCGUGCUCCUCACCAUCCAGCCUCUGGAGAAUGGCAAGCUGGACGCUGUCUACUGCAACAACGGCUUCGACAAGCCCCUCAACUUGUUGCCCGACAAUGGGAAGAACUUCUUGGAGGCGCCCAGAUUAACUGUGGAUGACCAGCGGUCAAUAGCAAGCUCCAUCGACAGCAGGGCAAGCGGCAGCCGGAACUUCGAGAACAUCAAAAUAGAAUGGAAGAACCUGAGCUUCACGGUCAAGGACGGAAAGGGUACGAAGACGCUAGUGGACAACAUGAGCGGUGCUGCACGGCCUGGAACACUAACAGCCAUCAUGGGUCCGUCCGGGGCAGGCAAAACUACCUUGCUCAACCUACUCAGUGGAUUCUAUGACACUGGCUACGAAGGAGAAGUACAAAUCAACGGCUACGUGCGGUCUCCGCGGCUGUUCACUAAGCAGAGCUGUUACGUGAUGCAGCAGGACCGACUGUCUCCAACGCUCACCGUUCAGGAAGCGCUGACCAUGAGUGUCGAGCUGCGCAUGCCCUUACUUGACAAAGUGAGCAAGAUGGAGAAGGUGAACCACUCGAUCCAAGGCUGGGGACUGUACGAAUGCCGCAAGACGCGGACGAGCGAUCUUUCUGGUGGCCAGCGCCGGCGGCUGGCCAUUGCCCAAGAGCUCGUCAACAACCCGCCCGUGGUUUUCCUGGACGAACCGACGAGCGGUUUGGACAACGUGUCUAGUCUUCUGUGCGUCCAAAUCCUCAAGGAGAUGGCGGAACGUGGACAUACCGUGAUCUGCUCGAUACACACGCCGAGUGCGAAGAUCUUCUCCCAUUUUGACAUGCUGUACAUGGUAUCAAAAGGGCGUUGCAUAUACAAUGGCCCAGUGGACGAUCUCGUUCAGUUCCUGUCACGUCACAGCCUGAAUUGCCCUCAGUACCACAACCCUGCCGAUUACGUUGCUGAAGUAGCCGCUGGCGACUACGGAGACUACACGGAGGAACUCUCCAAAGAGUUUGAGCAGCCGCUUCCGGAACAGAAAGAGUCGGUAGAGAGGACACGGCGAACGAUAUACGGUGGCAAGAUCAUGUCUGAAAGGCACAUGGCAGAGGUCAACAAACUCUACACCUUCACAACUUCCAGCUUUCACCAAUUAGGAAUCCUGCUCAGGCGGUGUUGGCUCUCCGUUGCAAGAAACAAGGUGGCCACUCCUUUGAGGUUCGCCGCAUACCUUGCGUUCGCCAUCAUGAUGAUCAUGCUGUACUACGACAUCGGCAGAAAGGCGUCUACCGUCAUUAACAAUGCGAACAUGUUCUUCGGCAUGUGCUGCAUCGUCAUGUUCCAGUCCAUCCUGCCCACGGUGAUCGUCUUUCCCAUAGAAAUUUCGGUACUCCAGAGGGAGCACAGAAACCGGUGGUACAGCAUCAAGCUCUACUAUUUGGCUCGCUAUAUUGUCGAGCUUCCAUUUUUGGUCAUUCCUGUCAUUAUGCUCAUAGCGCUGAUCUACUAUCCCACGUCUCAACCGCUUGACAUGUGGAGAAUAGCGAGCCUCGCCCUGUUCAACAUUCAGCUUUGCUCAUCCAUCCAAGCUCUGGGACUCAUCGUUUCGGCGGUCACAAAACUGCAGACGGCGGUUUUCGUCGCGCUACCGGUGGUGUCGCCGUUCUUCUUCUUCAGCGGCUUCUUCGUGCAGUCGCAUCUCGUGUCGCCGUACAUACGAUGGCUGACGUACCUGUCGCCCAUGUACUACGCCUACCACGGCAUGCUGCUCUCGGUGUACGGCUACGACAGGCCGGCACUCAGCUGCGACGACUUCAUCUGCCUCUACGAGGACCCCAAAGAGUUCCUCCAGUUCACCGGCACGGCGGACAAGAAGUUCCACGUGCUCGUGCUCUCCCUAUUCGCCUUCGAGAUCGUCUUUCGCACGGUCGCCUUCGUCCUUCUCAGGCUCAGGCUCAAGCAAAAGGAGUGAAGAACACCACGUGCCUAUUAUAGACACUUUGUGAGGACUUGGUCGUCAUGUUUCGAACGGGCAAACACACCUGUCCCCACGGAGGCAAUGGACUGGAGGGACAAGUCCGGAAGGACGACCUCUAUCCUUGCUAUGCGUUGUGUUCCAUGGGGGAAUUAUCAUUUUCAUUAUAUAUAGGCACCAUCUAUGGCAGGGAGCGUAAUGUUCAUAACGUGAGGACUGUAUGUUAGGCCG